CCCUCAUCAUAUUCUUCUUGUCAAACCAGUUUCUCUGGAUCUGAUGCAAAUCAGUGUGUUUUUCAGUAAAAUGGCGAGAAAUUAGUUUCAAGAGUUCACAAACAGCAUCUAACAUUGAUUCUAGUCAACAAAAGUCAUUUUUUUCUUGUUUAGUGUCCAUUUGGACGAGUUUUCUUCCUCUUGAGUAGAUGUGGGUGCCGCAGCACUGUGGUCUGUGUGACUUCUUUAGCAUGAAACUGUGAGACACACACACACACAUAAAGGCAUCAGGCAAGCCGAGACUCGUGCGGGGCGGGACUUCAGCGACCUGAGUUUCAGUGUGUUCAACAUCUCCAGUUCCUCCACACACCUGUGACACACACACACACACACACUCGAGAGAUGGCGGCCACACCGGGGACGCUGGCGGUUCUGCUGCUGAUCAGCGGAGUGCGGGUCGCUUCUCCGGCCAUGACUGUGACUAUACCAGCUAAAGAAUAUAAGAUUGCGAGAGGUGAUGAUGUGACGAUCCCCUGCAGAUUCACUCCGCAGCCGACGAAUCACAACGUCCAGAUCUCGUGGAGCGCGGCUGCAGACUCGCCGGACCAACCCACGAUUAAAAUCCUCACUUCAAUCAAAGUGCAGACGAAAUAUAAAGGCCGAGCGAGUCUAUUGCAAGAUAUCCCGGCCGGAAAAGCAGAUCUGCAGCUCCUGAAGGUCACCAGUGCGGACACGCGCGUCUACGAGUGCGGGGUGGAGAACCUGAGUAACGAGGAGGACGGGCAGUCUGCCAACACCAAACUCAUAGUCUUGGUGGCUCCCUCGACGCCCGUCUGCAAGAUCGAAGGGACGCCGGAAUACUUUCAGGACAUCAAACUGAGCUGCCACUCGGAGGAGGGGACGCCCACCCCGACCUACAGGUGGCAGAGCUACGACACCACCAACAGACCCCGCCCCAACCCGGCCAAGGCCACUGACGUAAACGGAGUUUUGUCGCUCUUCAAUGUUACCAAAGAAACGUCUGGUUUCUACACCUGCACGUCCACCAAUGAAAUCAGAUCUGCAUCGUGUAAUCUGACCCUGGCCGUCAUGCCACCGUCCAUCAGCAUGGCGUCGGUCGGCGGGUUCAUCGGAGCCGGUGUGGCCGUAGUGGUUGUCAUCGGGAUCAUCUGCAUCUGCUGCUAUUGCUGUCGGAGGAGGAAGAAGAAGCUUGAGGAAUACGCCAUGGGGAGUCACGACGGAGGAGAGUUCACAGACAAGGACCCUGAGGAGAAAGAGGACGCUCCGGAAGAACUCGUCAGCUACGAGGAAGAACGCCGCGUGAAAAGCGCCGACAGACUUGAUGUGCAGGACAACCGUAGCGAGAGGAGCUACGACCGGCGCAGCGACUACACCGACCGACGAGACGACUACAGCGACCGGCGCGAGCGCUACGAUCGAGAUGAUCGCUACGAUGACCGCCGCGACCGUGACCGCGACCGCGACCGCUACGAUGACCGCCGAGAUCGCUGCGAUGACCGCCGCGACCGAUACGAUGACCGGCGAGGUCGUGACGAUGACCACUACGACAGCGACCGCUACUCCGAGCGCUACGACAGCCGCGACAGACCUCCUAGCGUUCCGCCCACUAAACCCAGAGACCCGAGAAUCUGAGUUCAACAGACACUGAUUCAUUCCUCAGCCACAGAAGCACAAUCAUAUGAAAGAUUCAUCCUCUGGUACAUCAUAAUUAUGACAUCAGAAUAUUAAUAUAUCAAAAUUGACACUCUAAGUCAAGUUUUUGAUUAAGAUUCACUAAAGUAUUGCAACAACAAAAGUUUAUCCCCAUAUUCUGAAUAUUAGAUUUGAUAGAAUGAAAGGGCUUUAAUAAAUCUAACGCUGGAGAAAGCAGCCGACGCACACCAGUGUCCUGAUCCUGCAUGAGGCGAUGAUGUGAUGUAUGGACUUCACCGCUGGUCAUGUGUUCUGACAGGCCAGGUCUCAUAUUUAAGUGUCUUUCUCUAUUUUUACGACUCUUUUUACGUUUCUCUGUUGAUGUUUCGUCUGGGUUUUCCUUGAAUUUAUGUCUUCUUAAUCUCUUAAUAUUCAUAUAGUAGGAAUAAAUAUUGGUGAAUCUUUUUUUUAGCCCAUUGCUUUAUUUUUGUAUUGUUUCAAAAUAAAACAUUCAAGCUUGUGUUGGUAGAUUAA